GUUUGUAAGGGACAUUUGUAAUGGGGGGUGCUAUAGUAGGUUGUUUAGUAAGUCUAGUUUAACAUAUUUCUGGUCGGGGGAUAAAAGAACCUAACUUACCGGUAUUGAUAAAACAACUGAAUACCGUAUUAGUCACAGUGGCAAGAGACAUAAAUUGCCAAAGCAAUGGAAACUAAUUCUACUUCUGAAAUUGAACAAGUUAGCGGUAAUGAAACGCCGGAAUGGGUAGACUCAAAAUGUGUUUUCUGCAAGCAAGAACUCAAAGAAGGAAACGAGCCAAGGUUACUACCUUGCCUCCAUGGUGCCUGUAAGGCUUGUGUUUCGGCUGAAUCGGUACCCAGCCCUGCGUCCGUUUCGACCUACUCAAUGCCUGUAACCAAGCCAGUGACCUGUCCAGCUUGUAAUGAAGAGAUUAACCCAGGCAAUGCUAUUGACCAUCUUUUUAUUCUUGAGAAUGUGGCUCAAGCCAAUGAGUCUUUGGAAGGGUACGAGAAAAAAGCACCCUGUUGCACAAGUUGUGAGGAUAGUGCACCAGCAUCUGGGUUUUGUACUGAUUGCCAAGAGUGGCUGUGUGAAAUGUGUAUUCAAGCUCAUCAGCGGGUUAAAGUUACAAAAGAUCAUAGUGUGCGUCCACGUGAUGACAUGGAAGGAGAGAAGACAUCGAGUCUUGAUCAGAAAUACCUCUUCUGUCCUUUACAUUCAAAGGAACCAUUGAAGUUGUACUGUGAAAGUUGUGAUAAGUUGACUUGUCGAGACUGUCAACUUUUAGAGCAUAAAGACCACAAAUACCAGUUCCUCUCAGCUGCUUGUGAACAACAUAAACUAUACUUGAGUACACUUCUUACAAAAAUAAAGGAGAAGCAAAACUACAUUGAAAAUGCACGAUCCCUGAUUAGCAAGAGGCAAGACGAGGUGUCAGAGAGAGAAAAAGAAGUCACUCAAGAAAUCAAGAUGUUUGCUGUGAAGUUCAUCACUGAAAUCAAUCGGCGAGGAAAGCUUCUGCUUCAAGAACUGAAUGAAGUAUGUAGUCGGAAGAAAAAACAGCUGACUAUGAAGAAUGAAGAACUUGUAUCUCUCUCCCAACGGUUGUAUCAUUGUCAGAGAUUUGCCGAGUCGGUCAUUACAAAGGGAAGUGACAUAGCUCUUGUGUACAGCAAAAAGGCUUUAACAAACCAACUUAGACAUGUUCUUCGACGUCGUUGUGAAGUACCCAAUCCUCAACAUAUGGUUGACAUAAAAUUUGCCUAUGAAUCUCAGUUCCUGAGUGAGUACAUAAGCCACCUUGGUUGUCUGAUGGUUGACCAGCAGCCUGUUGGUGGGAUGCUUCCUGGUGGGAUAGGUAGAGGCCAACAAGUAGUUAACCCUUCCCUGAGGAUGCAGGCACCAUCUAUUACACAUGGUACACAGGUAACCGCAAACAACCAGCCUGUUUGUACAGUCAGUAGUGACAGGUCAAAACAAAGAGCAUGGCCUAGCCCAAGACAGCCAUACAAGCCUAGAGGAAUGAUUCCGCCUCAAGGAGGCCGACCUCCAGGUUCCUAUGGAAAUGUUAGUGGGACAAAUAUGUCUGUGAGAUCUCGUGGGCCUGUGAUGGCCCAACCUCUCAAUAAGGGUUACCCGCAGCAGCAGGUUUCAUCCUCUACUCAUUCCAACUUAGCUGGUCAUUCUCCUGUACAACUAAGGAACCUAUUGAGCACAAGCCAGCAGCAGGGUAUUUCCCCACGGUCCAACCAAACAACAGCUAACUGGCAACAGCGCAUGCCUGGAAACCAGGUUAGGGGCCCAAACCCUCAAAUGGUACAGCAAACAAGACCUUAUCCUGUGCAGUUACGGCCAGCAAAUCCUCAAGCAUCUCCCUCUCCAUCACAAGCUUCUCCAUCCUCAGUUUCUCUCUCACUCCCUGUCUCAUUAAAUUCGAACAUUACCAUUUCUCCUGUUAAAACUCCUGUAACCAGCAACAGACAAAGCAGUCAAGUACAAGCUCAGAGAUCAGUUACUUCCCGAACAAGUUCUCAGCCAAACCAGCAGAAAUCUAUUCCACUUUCAACACCCAACCUUCCACCAGGGCUUCAGAUAAUGCCUCAUCCACCACCUCGCCAACCAUCACCAUCUCAAGUGAUAGUUAUUGAUGAUGAUCCUGCGCCUGUGACAACUACUACUUCAACCGUUACUAUGUCUCAUGCCCGUAGUAUGGCAAACACGUCGAGGUUGAGUCAUUUCUCACCAGGGAACAAUUCUUCACCUGGAACAGUCAAUAGAGUCAAUCAUCCACCUUCCCAUGACAAUCGCAUGCACUCGUCACCCAUUAUAAAUCACAUAGCUAACAGAACAAAUGUUUCACCUGGUUCCAACCCACUUCCUUCUUACAUUGUCCCAUCAACAACUAUCAACACAGCAUCAGUAUCCAUACAUGGAACAAUUCCUGACAGUGUUAGCCUGUCAACCCCUCAAACCACAAUGGUGCAAAGUCAAGACAGAGCCACAGGUAUUGGUGUUCAAAUAAAUGGUGAACAUAAGUCUUCAGGUGACCAGAUGCCUACUUGCAGUGGCCAAGGAUAUCCACCCAAAGAGGAGUCCAUUGUCGAUGCUGCUUCAAGAAUAUUGAGUGAAUUUGCAAACCAGUCUAUAGGAAGUAUAUUAAAAGAUGAAGACAAAGGGACAACAGAUGAUGGUUCUUCAGGAGAGAAGUCAAAGGAAAGUAUGCUGAGUCUUACGAGCAGAAAGGAAGGUAGAAGGGGUUCAACACUAGCUGCUGAUAGCAGCAGUAGUCCUGUUCCUGUAGUUACUAUUGAUGAUGAUCCAGAUCCUUCGGUUUCUAACCCUAUUAUUGUGUCUGUGACUGGUGGAACAGAGUCUGUUCAGGCAGCUGAAAACAACUAUACCAAGGAGACUAAUAGUGAUGAGAAAAUUGGCAAUGAUGUAGGUGCAGAAACCGAAAAUAAUUCCAAAGGAGAGAAUAAAGUGAAAAAUAGAAAAGGUUCCAAAGAGUUAGACAGGAAAGAUACUGAAGAGAUUAGCAUGAGAGAGUGUGAAGAGAAAAUCAGAACAGAGUCUGAGGAGACAAAUAGUGAAGAUUCUUCAGAGACAAGUAAGAGAGACCUCCAUGAAAAGACUAAAAAAGAUCCAUUGAACAAAACUAAAAAAGAACACAAGGAGAAGAUCAAGAGAGAAUCUCAGGAGAAGGCCAAGAGAGAAUCUCAGGAGAAGACUAGUAGGGAUUCUCAAGAGCGGACUAAAAAAGAUUCUGUUGAAAACAGUAGAAGAGAAUCUCAGGAGACUAGUAAUAGUGUAGAUUCUCAAAGAAAAUUUAGGAGAGAAUCUCAGGAGAGUUCUUCGUCAAAUGACAGUACCUUGAAAAUUAGGAUAAAAAAGAAAAGUAAAGAAAAGAUUGAUGAUAGUCCUAGAGAGACGAGUAAAGAAAAAUGGAACUCAGAAGAGAAUAACAGGUCACUUUUAGAAGAUCUACAAUCCCUAGAAGAUCUUUUGAAAACCAGCAGCAGUGGAUUAACAGUGAGUGAAGUGCGAGUGAAUAGCAGUGGCUUAGAAAUUUCAAAGGUAGGAGCAAAAUCUUCAAAUGAAGAAAAAACUCCAUUAAAAGACACAGUGGCCACUAUAACAAAAACAUUUGUCAAUGGACAAGGAAAAAAAGAGUUAUCCAUGGCCGUUUUGAAGAGUAUGGAAAAAACUUCAAAUCAUUCUGUAGAUGAUCCUAAUGAAGAUUGGUGUGCAGUGUGCCAUGAUGGAGGAGAGUUGUUAUGUUGUAGCAACUGUCCUCGUGUGUACCAUCUUAACUGUCAUGUUCCUGCUCUAUUAACCACUCCAAAUGAGGACUGGGCUUGCCUCAUGUGUACAGAUAUUAGAAACGGGUCUCUUACUCGAGAUUCCAGUGGAAGCAAAAGAAAGAAUCCAUUGGGUUUAUCUGGUCAUGAGCUGACGUGUUGUGAGAAGAUACUGCUGGAACUUUUUUGCCACGAUGCCAGCCUACCUUUCCACGAGCCAGUUAGCAAAACUCAAGUACCAAAUUACUACAAAGUGAUUACUAAGCCUAUGGAUAUGCUGACCAUCAAACAGAAGCUUUCUCCUAAUCAUUUUAGCCAUUAUGGAACUAUGGAUGAACUAGUUUCAGAUAUUCAUCUUAUUUUCAGUAACUGUUUUACCUUUAAUCCGGAGGGGUCUUCUUUGUACAAUGCUGCCAAAAUCUUAAAAGGUUUUUUUUGUGAUCUACUGAAGAAAUACUUGCCUGAAUAUAACUUUGAGCUGACAACUCCAUCACCAGAAAUUCAAGAUUCAGCACACUCUGAUGGAGAAACCAGUAAAGCCAAACGACAAUGUAAAGAACUACCUGAUGAUACAAUGAUACAGUACUGAUGUGAGGGUAGAGGACUGGUUUAUCUUUUAUUAUUUAUCAAAUAUACCUACAUAACUGGUGUAGCUGAAAUAAUAGCAUCUGUGAUGUGUAUCUGGACAAGCAGUUGAUGUUAAAAGUUCAGGAAACACCUGUGCUUAGUGUCAGUCAUUUAUUUUGAUGCAAUAUAUGAACCAACCAAUGAAGAACAUGGAAAAGGAGGGAUCAAAACAAGUGUCCAUGAUAAAGGUGACAUGGAACAAAUGUGUUAGAGCAUAAAUAUUUGACAAGAUUUAUUAAAGUGACUAAAGUAGAAUUAAAAAAUAUUGCUUUAACAAGUAUUCCUGGAAUGUGUGUACAUGUGUGCUAGGACUCUGAAACUGUUAAAACCAUUAUGUUGAGGUUUGUUUCUACUCUGUAAAAAGGGAGGAACAAGCAUUGCUACACCACUCAUCUAUCGAUUAUCAAAUGAAUGUGAUACAUGUAAAAAAAAAAGAAAAAGCUGGUUCACCUUUUACUAAAGUUUCCAUUUACAAAUUCAUGGAACAAAGGUGUCUCAGCUUAAAGGCAUCUAGAUAAUCUACAUUUUACACUUGUCAAGUUUCAAGUAUAGAUUAAAAAAAUAAUUAGUAAUUUUAACUUUCCAUAUUUUAAGUGCUUCAAGAUAUUAUCCUAUACUGAAAAAAAAAAGUUUACUUGUUAUUUGUUGCUCACACAAAACUAUAUAUUCACAUGGUGAAUAUGUUCAAGCUGGACUAGCUCACAUCUUGUUGAUUUUGAAAAGUCAUAUUUAAUGUAUUAUAAUAUUUCAACUUGUAAGGAAGUAGCUAAAAAAGUCGAUUUUGGCCAUUAAAAUCAUAUAAAAGUAACUUCAAAGUAAUACAUUUAUAUGUUUGACAACUCUGAAUCAUUUGGAUGUUCUUGUUGUUUAGCAGGAAAGUUAAUGCAUGUUUCUUUUUUACAGCACGUAAAUGACUCAAGUAAUCAGAAAAAAAAACAAUUCUUCUGAAAUAAAAAUUGUUUUUAAUAACUAUACAUUGAUUAUUGGUAUUUUAUACAAAACAUGAAAAUUUGUUCCUGUAGUGUUUGAAAAGACACAGAGCUCUAUCAGAGUUGGCUUUGUCAGUAAAAUAUUUAUUUUUUUGUAUGUUGUUUCAAAGUUACAGAAAAAUAUCUAAGUUGCUGUGGAUAUUUUGCUUUAAAGUGAUGGGAAAAUAUCUGAUACACUUGAUAGCUUUGAGAGCAACCAGUUUUAAAUAAAAGUACUACUUGUUUUUAACCACUGAUUUGAUAUACAUUUUAUUCUUGAGUUCAAGUUUUGUUUGAAUUGCAUUUUCUUUUCAAGUUAUAAAUCUUUGAUUUCUCAUGUUUUAUCUUGAUAUUAUAUUGUUAGUGUGUGCAAUAUCUUAAAGUAGAAAAAAAUCAUUUGGAUUUCCUGGAUACAGAAGGGGGAACAAACUUGAAAUGCAUUCCAAAAGCAGCAGCACAGUUAUGUGAAGGAUGUGAUAUGAAAUUAUUUUUUAAUUUGUUUUAAAUAAGUGAAACAUAUUUCUCAACACAAACAUACAUUUUUAACCCUCUAACAUCAGGUGGGGUCCAUAUGGUCACUCAUUUAGACUGACCUUGUAACUAUGAAACUAUACAUACUAUAGCUUUUAAUAUAGUAAGUGUGUCGUCACAAAAUUUGGUAGCUUUUAGUAAAAAAUAUUUUGUACACAAAAAAUCAUAUUGUUUAAUUAAGUUUUUUUUCUCUAAAGAUACAACUAUGAAUUUAUGGAGUCUGACUGACUAGUCUGAAUGCAAGAUGAUUUUCAUGUUAAGAUUAAAAAUACUUUUUCAUAUUACAGUUUAAGUUUUAUUUGCAUAAUCUCUAGAACCUGCUAAAUGAAUCUGAUUUUGUUUUCAGUAUAAUUAUAUACUUUAUCUGUAUUUUCUUUACCCUAAAACUGUAUACAGACUAAUUCCAUUUGACAGACAUUGUAACUGCCACGUAACAAAAGAAAUACAAAUUACCUUUUUUUCCUGGAAUUACUGCUGAUCGUAACAGAUAUUUAUGCACUGUUUAUUUUUACAGCCAAAGCUAAUAAAUUUUUCAUUUAGUUUUAUAUCUUUACAAUUGCACUUAGGCUUUAGACUAUAGUGACAGCUAUUUAUUAUACUAGAGUUUUGUGUAACCAGUAGAUUCAGCUACCAGCAUGUUUGUGUUGAAUUACACAACCAUGCUGAUGCAUAGUGCAUUCUAUCAUUGUUCAUAAGCAUUUUGUUUAUUUAAUUUCAUUUAAGUUUUUUUAUUUGACCUGAUAAGUUUUUAAUUUUUAGUUACUUUAUAGCAAUAAUAAAAAAAAAAAGAUACAUACAUAAAAUCUAAGAAAUUUAAUGUUUAUGUCUGAAGUCUUGUCAUUUUCAAGCUUUGCAUUAGAAUGAUAGAAGUCAAAAGCAAAGAUUAGCCCUAAUUCUUAGUAACGAUAAUAUGGUCUCAGAAAUUAUUUUUGUGAAAUUCAGAUAUACAACUUAGAAUAUAUAAUAUUGCCACACAUAUAUAUAUAAAAUUCAAUGUUCUAAAGCUAAUAUAAUUUAUCUGGCUUAAAUAAUUCUCAUACUCGAUCAAAAGAAUUUCAACAGUGGCAAGCAAAUCAAACUAUGUCAAAAUGUUCAAAUCUACUUAUUCCAAGGCUUUGAAGUCCCAUAGUUGUCAACAAAUUGAAAUCUUCAUUUUUCUAUUGGUUACAAAUAAUCCAGUAGCAAAUGUCAGAAUUUAUGACAAUUUUUGAAAGCACUGUUUUCUAUGAGGGGCAUGGCAUAUGGCUUUCACUUUAUUCCUUAUAUCUAUGUGAAGCAAAAAAGCUUUGUCAGUACAAACUGAUAGUUUAGCUUGGGAAUAUAUAGGGUAUAGGUGUGAACUUUCAUGGAAAGUUAGGCCAUAUAGUAUAAGAAAAUCAAAAACAGGUAAUUUGGAGUUACAAAGUAUCACACGAGACAGACAAGAUUGAAAAUUUAUUUAAAUAUUUCCUUUUGAAAUUAAAGCUUAAUUAAUAUUAGAAUUUGAAUUAUAAACUAUGUUUUGAUGCCAAUUUUAUUGAUAUCCAUUGAUAAUAAAGAGUUUACAUUUUGAAGGUAACUAUGAAAAUUUUGUGACAUGCACUUUGACCCACCUUUGCACAGAGGGUUAAAGACUACAAUUUCAUUUCUAUGUAAAAACACCUGUUCAAUAGCUACAUUAUAAAUAAUUUGUAUCAGUACUUCAUUGGAUGAAAAAAUUUUUUCCCUAACGAAUAUAAUCUAGAGUGUGUGUGUGUGUGUGUGAACAUUCCUUCAAUUGAUACAAUAUAACUGAUUUUUAUGAAACUCAUCUCAGUGAAUACACUAGUUAGUUUAUGUAAAAACCCAUUUUCAAGGAGCACUAAGUCAUUUACUACAAGAACAUUUGAAGGAGUGUGUUAUGGUUAUUAUUUAUUUAAACAAAAAUUAAACCAGCAGAAGUCUACUGAUUGACAGGAACGUGUGGAUCUUGAGAGCUUUAACCACUCAAUAAUAGCAAUAAAGUCACAUUUAAAAUACAGCAGUUGUUCAAUAGAAUACCCAAAUAAAAUACCCCCAAAUUAUUUGGGGUAGUAGCACAUAGUAACUCUUAUGCUAUGUGAUAUCUUCAGCAUUUCAUUCAAAUGUUAUUUCCUAAUUAUAGCUUUUCUUCAGAAAUAUGUGCCUACUGGUAACCUACUUCCUGUUAUAAAUUACUUCUUCCUGGGAGAAAGAAUAUUGAAAUACUUAAUUGCCAUUACAAUAAAGUUUCCAGACAAAAUCAUUUUCUAAGAAUACUUAUUUAUAAUAAAAAAAAACUUAAUGAAUUUAAAGAAAAAAAUGAUAGAAUAAAAAUUUUAAUGGAAAAUUAAAUAUAUAAUGUCUCCAAUAUAUAAACAUAAGAACGAAUUACAUCCUCCAAGUCUAUCCUAAUCAAGCUGAAACUUCAGCCUGUUAAAAGAAAAAUGAGAGUAUUGGAAUCAUUCUUCAGAGAGUAUAAAAAAAAACUACUAUGUUCCCUUCAUUUUAACUGAACAGUGCUUGUACAAAUGAGUUAAUGUGAUUAAAGAAAUGAUAGUAAAAGAUAUUUUCACACAAUGUGUGUAUGGGAAUAUCUUAACAGUGCUUUUAUAAAUGAGUUAAUGUGAUUAAAGAAAUGAUAGUAAAAGAUAUUUUCACACAAUGUGUGUAUGGGAAUAUCUUAACAGUGCUUGUAUAACUGAGUUAAUGUGAUUAAAGAAAUGAUAGUAAAAGAUAUUUUCACACAAUGUGUGUAUGGGAAUAUCUUCGAUAAUAGGUUGUUUUUUUUGUUCUGGGACAUGCUUGUAAAAGCAAAAAUUGGAACCAUUAAAGCUAUUUUAUUAGGUACUAUUUAUAAACUAAAUUUCAUUUGUGGCUAUUCAACUUAUCAUAACAUGUAAUGUAAUGGUGAGUGAGUACAUUAUCUUGAAUUUCUGAAGUUAUUAGUGUAACUUAACAAUUUAAAUACUAGUUUAGAAAUAAAGAUACUUAACCAUUGGCUAACCAAAUGCAUUUGUUUAAAAUUUCUAAUCCCCACACCUGGUUUCAUCAGUAUUAAAUAAGGUAAUGUAAUCAUUGAUUGAUCACAUACAUUGCCCUCCCUUCACACACACACACACACACGCAUGUUUCACCAAAAUUACUGCAAAUUCUCCAGGUAAUCGACAGUCCUGUGAUACUAAAAAAUAAUGUGGGACCUUACCCAAGCGGUUUCUUGUUGUGUAAGAAUGUAAUUCAAAAUUCUAUGAUUACUAUCUUAUAAACCUUGAUUACAUGCUAACAUCAGUUUUAUAGAUAUUGUAUUAUAUUCUAAGAAGUUUUCUCUAAGAAAUGUCUUAAGGAUUUUGAGAAUAUCGUUUUAAAGUAAACUUUUAUAGCUUUUUUUUUAAAGAGGCAUCAAAUUUCAACUUCACUAGGAACAAGACAGCAAGGAGAAAUUAAAUAGAUAAUAACAAAGCUUUUAAGUGGGUUACUUUGUGACAGUAUUUUAGUCUGUGUUUUAUUGUGUAUACUUGAGAAAUGUUGAAUGAUAUAAGAUUGUUCUUUUUCAUUGUCAUGAUUUGUGAAUAUCUUUGAAUAGUUUUGUUUAUUUUAAACAUAAAAAUAAAAUGUUUUCAAGAA